AUGCAUGACACUCAGCCGGGCAUGCUCAGUGUGAAGCUCUUCUUCUGUAUCAGACCGACCAACGACAGGAACUUAACAAACCUGUCCAACGUCAACACGCCGUCUACAACUCCUGUGAUUGGUCAGCCACAGAACCAGGCCCCGCCCAUUUACCAGAACCACAACAACAUGAAUCACAACAAGCCCACAGCUGUUAAACUCUGGGGGAAGAUCAGUGAGAGUUUGGGUAAAAUCUGCUGCGUCCAUCCACACAUUGAGCGCUUCACCUUCGUCGAUGAAAACGCCAACCUGGGGACAGCCAUGAGAUACGAGGAGAUCGAGUUACGCAUCUUGCUCCUGUGUGGCAGUGACCUCCUGGAGUCCUUCUGCAUCCCUGGCCUCUGGAAGGACAGUGAUAUGGAGGUGAUCGUGGGGGACUUUGGGAUCGUGGUGGUUCCUCGUGACGGCGUCGACACGGAGAAGAUCAUGAAUCACUCAUCCAUUCUCCGCAAGUUUAAGGAAAACAUCAUCGUGGUAAAAGAUGCGACGAACCAUCCGAUGGCCAUCGUCAGCUCCACCAAGAGCAGACUGGCCUUGCAGCACGGGGACGGCCACGUCGUGGACUACCUGAGUCAACCCGUCAUCGACUACAUCCUGCAGAGUCAGCUGUACAUCAACGCCUCGGGAUAGAGCCGCACCUGGGCCGCACGAAAACAGGGAGAGCUUGGGUGUUGAGGGGGGAGGGCGGGGGUUACCUACAACCAUCAUCUAUAUAAAUAAUAUAACCUCUCCUCCUCCUAGAAACUACAACUUCCUUGUCUGUCUUCUGUGUCAAACAUUUACUCUUCUUUGAGCUGGAUAAUUUCCUCCUUCUGUCCGUGUCAUGUGACCAUCAGGUGGGGGGGUAGGCAGGGUGGGAUGGGGGUGGGGCAGGGUGGCGCCAGCGUUUUCUCUCUCAGUUUCUUUGUUAAAGUUCAGGAUGCAUGACACUCAGCCGGGCAUGCUCAGUGUGAAGCUCUUCUUCUGUAUCAGACCGACCAACGACAGGGUUACGGAGGAAAUGAUGAAACUCUGAUGAUGUGCAGUGAAAAGGUUUCUCCCGCCAGAAGAGAAAUAAGUUCCUGUUUGCCAAGAAAUCCCCUGAACGUCACCUGUGUUUAUUUAAACUCUGAUUCAGAUACAGAUCUUGGAUCGCUGUCCUUGGUAGUUCACUGAUUCUGAAGUGGAAACUCUGGAGGAUGAAAAGAUUCUGGAAUUGGACGUUCAGCCUGAUUUCAUCUCAACGAUUUGAUCUGAACCAGUAACACAACAGAAUAAUAACCUAUAAGUAACGACAACUCCAGAUUUUUUCCAUUUGUUUCAGUGCAAAGAAGAACAAGUAAAUUAGGAGAAUGUUUACAUUUAAUAAACUGAAAAUGAACUUUCUUAAGAAAAAUAAGUGUAAUUUGGACUCGUUGGUGUCUGAUGUCUAUUCCUGGGCCUCAGUGUUGUGUUCUGUCCACGUUUCCUUCUAAAUCAGUGGAUGAAUUAGAGAUUGAAGUUCCUGUCAUUGAGAAAAAAUUUCAAUCUUCUAUAUAAUUUUUGCACUUUGCAAAUUCACACUGUGGAUCAGAUUAGACCCUCUACUGGGUCACUGUUAGUGUCGACUCACAGGUAAAGUUUCUCUUAAAGAAAAAAAACUUUAAAUUUUCUCCAGUUCAGCGUCGCAUUGAGAAGCUGUCGUCUAACUUCAUUUAUUCCGUUUAGAAUUUGUUCUCGAUUAGCAGCUGGUUUAAGUUAACACUGAUGAAGAUGAUGAUGAGAAGAAGAUGAUGAGGGCGUUACCUUUUGUAAAGCAGCUGUGUUGUCGUGGAGUUUCUUUCCUGUUCGUAGACUGCAUGCGUAGACCGUCGGGUUCUGGCAUGAAUGUUUCUCACUCAGUAGAUUUGAUCCGUUGUGAACGUGUUUGCAAAAAAUCGAUAAAUAAAUCAAUAAACAUCUAUAAAUAUG